AUGCGGCUCUGGCUGCUGGCCGUGCUGGGGCUGGGAGUGCUGGCGGAUGUGUGCCGCGCACGGCGCAGGCCGGUCCUGCCGAUCAUCACCAACAAGACGUUCAUCGACGCGUGCGUCCGGGAGCACAACAAGCACCGCACCGCGGUCCGGCCGGCUGCCGCCAACAUGCUCUACAUGACUUGGGAUGCAGCUUUAGCACGGACUGCCAGGGCAUGGGCAAAAAAAUGCCUUUUUAAACAUAGUCCAUAUUUAACAGAAAAAUUUAUGUCCCAUCCUCAUUAUGGGCAUGUUGGAGAAAAUAUCUGGACUGGACAUUACGGGUUAUUUGGUGUCACUGAAGCCAUCAAAUUAUGGACCGAUGAAGUCCAGCACUACAAUCUUCAGACUAACAAGUGUACUAAAACAUGUGGUCAUUAUACUCAGGUUGUUUGGGAUAAUUCUCAUAAGGUGGGCUGUGCUGUUGUUUUUUGUCAUAUAGCUGCAGGAAUAAGAGAUGCGGCACAUUUUGUAUGCAACUAUGUACCAAGCGGCAAUUACCCAAGAAAACCUUAUAAAGCAGGAUCAUCAUGUAGUCUGUGCUCAAAAGAGGACACCUGUGUGGACAAUCUAUGUAGAAAUCCAAAACGUGAUAAAAUUAUACGUUACACAAGAUGGUAUCCACCCUGGGAGAAUAGGAUCGUAUGUGACGAGUCCUGUAUUGCUGUUGUGGUUUUAAGACCAUCACUGAUGUUAUUGGCUUUUCUAAUUGUUUUUCUUAUGCAGAAGCGUUAUUCAAAUAUGAGUAUAUCUAAAUAAUCUAUUUGAAAUAUAUAUUUCAUGAAAAGUUAUGACAAGUCCU